GACCUCAUGGCCGAGGACCUACACACUCUUCUGAGGUGUCGCCCUUCAUAUUGCGUCCAGCAUCGUCGCAGGUGGACUGCCCAAAUAGCCCUCGGGAUCAAUGGUCUGCAUGAUAUAGGGAUCAUUCAUCGGGAUAUCAAAGCCGAAAACAUCCUGAUUGAUAUUCGAGAGAACGUUAGGAUCAUCGAUUUUGGCUUGUGUUAUGUACACACAGAUGAGGGGCCCUUGGAGCGACAACGGGGGUAUGCGACAGGUGUGGCGGGAACGACCUACUGCAUGGCACCGGAGGUCCUGUACAACAGAAUCAACUUCCAUUCUGUGAGGUACGGAGUACCCGUAGACUGGUGGGGGCUAGGCUGUAUCCUCUACGAGCUUGUUUCAAAGAAACAUAAGGCACGUUUCGCGUCUUCCUUCGCUGCUAUCUUACUGAUACCAUCUUGCCAGGCGUUAUUUGCUACAGAGAAUCAUAUGCUGUUCUAUCUUUCUUGGUUCUCCGACCCUAACAGAACAUCCAAGCCGUCCCCUUUCUUUGAAGGUUUGAAUGCAAAUAUCGUCAAUGUACUUCUAGGACUGUUGGACCCUAACCCAUCAUCACGGUAUGGGUUCCGUGAGCUCGCAGACCAUAAAGCGUUCUUGCUCCGAUGUGGCACGUCAGAAUUCUCCGACGCAUACUCUCGUGGUAGGUUAAAUCUAAUUUGUCUGACAACAUCGUGCUUAAAACGCAUUGUAGCGCUGGAACGCGAAGAACUGCCUGAUUCGCUGGCAGACUUAAGACAUGGACAGGACAUUCGCACAGCACCGGUUUGGUUUCCCCUAAACUCCCGGCAGAAACCACGCGUUUCAAAUGUGGAUUGGAUCAAGCCGGCGCUUUUUUCUCCGGACUUAUGA